UGACACACUGGAGAGAGUAAAGAGUCUCCUUUCUUACUCUUACAGUUCUCUGAUAUACUUCUAUAGGUUAGGAAGCAAAGAGACAGAGAAAAGCAGAGGAGGGAGUUUCUUCUUUCUAAGAGGGACCCCACUUUGUAACCCAACAAGAACCAGAGCGAGAAGAAAAUACGGAAGGACUUUAAGAGAGUAGGGAAAGCAAUAAAACAAAAAGAGAAGGAGAGGGGAAGCAAUGGAAGUAGAGAGUGAGAUGAGGCAAUCAAAGUUCAAGACGAUUUGUGUGUUCUGUGGGAGUAGCCAAGGCAAGAAGAGUAGCUAUCAAGAUGCCGCCAUUGAGCUUGGCAAGGAAUUGGUCGUGAGGAACAUUGAUCUGGUCUAUGGAGGAGGCAGCAUAGGUUUAAUGGGUUUGGUUUCACAGGCGGUUCACAACGGUGGUCGUCAUGUUAUUGGGGUUAUCCCCAAGACGCUCAUGCCUCGAGAGCUCACUGGUGAAACAGUGGGGGAAUUAAAGACAGUGGCAGAUAUGCACCAAAGGAAGGCAGAGAUGGCUAGGCAUUCAGAUGCCUUUAUUGCCUUACCUGGUGGCUAUGGAACUCUGGAAGAGCUACUUGAAGUGAUAACCUGGGCUCAACUUGGAAUUCACGAUAAACCGGUGGGAUUACUGAAUGUUGACGGAUAUUAUAAUUCGCUGCUUUCAUUUAUUGACAAAGCAGUGGAAGAAGGAUUUGUUAGUCCCAGUGCUCGCCAAAUAAUUGUAUCCGCACCAUCACCAAAGGAGUUGGUGAAGAAAUUGGAGGAGUAUGUCCCCUGUCAUGAAGGAGUUGCUUCAAAGUCAAGCUGGGAGACGGAGCAGCUUGGCUACCCUCAAAACUAUAGCCUCUCCAGGUGAUGUGGGGACCAAUUGCCUUAAACAGGAGGUGGAUGGAGUUUUGGAGGUAGAAGAAGAUGUGAAGAAGAUCAAUUUAUGUUAUGUGAACUUCGAUUUUCUUGUUUUUGUAAAUUAUCGCAAUUGACCACAGUAUGUGAAGCUUCAGCAUUUUUUUUGUUCACUCUGGAACUUUGAUUUCAUCCUCCGUAGUUUACUAUUAUAGGCUCCUCAACUUUUUCCCUUCAAAA